AUGCUCCUCAACCCAAUCCUCAUUCUCCUCCUCACCACCUUCACCGUCGCCGCACCACCCAAAACCCGCAAGGCCGGCGUCACCGUCACGGUAACCGCGACCGUGUUGUUGACCCCUACUCCCAUGCCUGCCCCAACCGCAUCACUAGACCCCGAAGUGGUAUGGUGCACCAGCCAUCAGUAUUAUUGCCAGCACUGCAGUCUUGACGACUGGGGUUGCAUCGAGAAUCCGAAUUGUGAGAACUGCUACUCGAAGAGCUUGUUUACUCCGACGAAGACUGCGUUAGAGGUGCGAGCCACUGGUACAUGA